UCUCUCUCCCUCUCGUGCUGCUCCGAUUCAUGCGCUAGUUUUAACACCCUUUUUCUCUUUUUUUUUUUUUCUCAAUUUCUUUUUUCCUUUUUUUGACAAAACCAAGAAAAUGGGGACAACCUAUAUUACUGUUUAUGAAGGAUAACAAUAAAAUCUUAAUUUUUACAAUGCAGAAGGGAUAAAAGCCAUACAGUUUUGCUAAUUUAUCAACAAACAGAUUUUGGGCAAAUAUGAUUGCAUCUGUAUAAUUUUUUUUGAUAGAUGCAGUACCUGACUAAUUCUACGUGUCACCUCCCACCAGCAAACUCGGGCAUUACAUCUGUAUAAAGUUAUAGAUAAAUAUAUAUAGUUGAAUUAUAAAUGUCUGAUUUGGUUGCUAGGACGGGUAGGCAUCAACAGAGAUAUGAAGAAGGUUAUCGACUUAUUGCUGGGUGAUAAAUCUGACUUUUGUCUUUGGGGUCUCUUUCUCACAAGUAUACAGCAUCUUUAUAUGGGUUUCAGUCCUCUGGUGUAUACCAUUCAGGUUCAGAGAUAUGGAACAAAAUGAUGGUGACACAUCUGAAAAGAUAGUUGAAGUACUGAUGAUAAACUCAACGAGUGGGCCUGGUCUUCUGUUUCCAAAGGGAGGUUGGGAAAAUGAUGAAACAGUUAAAGAGGCAGCUGUACGUGAAGCCAUAGAGGAGGCUGGAGUUCGUGGGGAUUUAGUGCAUUUUUUGGGAUUCUACGCCUUCAAAAGCAAAACACUUCAAGACGAGUUCAGUCCAGAAGGUCUGUGCAGAGCUUCCAUGUUCGCUUUGUUAGUGAAGGAAGAGCUCGACUGUUGGCCUGAGCAAAGCUGCCGAAAAAGAAGUUGGCUGACAAUUCCUGAGGCGAUUGAAUGUUGCCGGCACCCAUGGAUGAGAAAGGCUCUCGAAGAAGGAUUCAUGAAGUGGCAUGAGGGUGGUAUGGUAAGUACAAUUAACAACGAUGAUGACUAAGCUGUUCUCUUUAUUCCUCCUCCGUAACCAACAUUUAAGGUUUUUAGAACAUUAACGGGUAGAAACAACUGUGAAGUUUGAUCUGAUGUUAACUAUGAAUCUGCAAAAGAGUAAUGUUUUACAUAUUGGAUCAUGACAUGGUCAACAUGCUUUAAUGAUUUAUUAUCUGGCUGCUUGCUUUCCA